GCUAGGGACGCUGUUUGCCAACAUCUCACCGGAGUGUUUGUCCAGCCAGCCUGUGCCGCUCACAGGCGCCUCUCUCUGUCCCUCCUUCCCUUCCCCGACAGCUUUGGGGGGCCCAACUGGACGUGGCAGGUGCGCGGGUCGCCCUGACAGGUGAGCCCAGCGCCUUUCACAGGUUCGUGAACAGCAUUUUGGACAGGAUUUUUGGUGCAGGAGACCAAGAACCAGUUUGUUGAAAUACUGUCCCAGUCAUUCGGGAUUGCUGGGAGCCUCCCAGAAGGUCCGUUCAAGUGCCUGCCCAGGUGGAGGCACACCAGGAAGCCAUUUUCAAGAACUUCUGCCACAGGUGUAAAAGACUCCAGACCUGCAAAGAUGCUGAAACAGAUACUAGCAGAUAUGUACAUAGAUCCUGAUCUGCUGGCAGAGCUCAGCGAAGAACAGAAACAGAUCCUGUUCUUCAAGAUGAGGGAGGAACAGAUCCGCCGAUGGAAAGAAAGAGAAGCAGCAAUGGAAAAAAAGGAGUCCUUGCCAGUGAAAUCCAGACCAAAGAAAGAAAACAGCAAAUCUGUUCAUUGGAAACUGGGAGCCGAUAAGGAAGUCUGGGUCUGGGUGAUGGGCGAACACCAUCUAGACAAACCCUACGAUGAGCUUUGUAAUGAAAUUGUGUCUGAGAGGGUACGGCUGAGAGCACAGAAGGCAGCAGAAGAGCUCAGCAAAACGAAGUCCGAAGAAUUCACCAAUAGCUUGACAACAAAAUCGGGCUACUAUGAUGCGCAAACACCAGAAACCUGGGAGUCUCAGAACGUCUGUAAGAAAGCAGCAGAAGAGGAGAAGUCAGGUCCUGGCUCUAGGCCAGCACCAGCCAUGAAAGAAGAGAACAUUCCAUCACCCUCCAGUUCCUCAGCAUUUAUUCAACAAAUACUGGAAGAGUCUAUCUAUCGUCUGAAGGCAUAUGGAUUUCACCAGAAGAAAGAAUCCACAAAGAAAACACAAGAUGAAGAAAUAAAACAAACAGAUGAAGAGAGAGCCAAGCAGAUCUGUAAGAGCUGGAAAGAAGAUUCUGAGUGGCAAGCAUCUCUGCGAAAAUCCAAAGCAGCUGAUGAGAGGAGACGCUCCUUGGCUAAACAAGCCCGGGAAGACUACAAGAGGUUAUGCCAAAUAGGAAGAAGUGGUGAGGGACUGCAGUGUGUUCCACAGAAACCAAAAAGACCCCCGCUUCCACCCAAGCCUAAGUUCCCAGUCCCAGAUGUAUUCCUUCAAAUGUCUCUUAGAGAUAAAGGAGUGAUGAGGACAGCAUUCAACUCUUCCCGGGAGGACAUCAUCCGAUGGUUUAAAGAGGAGCAGCUACCUCUGCGAGCAUGCUAUGAGAAAAACUCAGACACCAUAGCUAUCUGGUUCCAUGGGAUUCUCACAGUAAAGAGAGCAGAAGACCUUCUGAACACAUGUAUGCCGGGCAGUUUUCUGAUCCGAGUCAGUGAAAAGAUCAAAGGCUAUGCCCUGUCCUUCCUGUCUCUGGAGGGCUGCAAACAUUUCCUUAUAGAUGCUUCUAUGGACUCCUACAGCUUCCUGGGUGUGGACCAGCUGCAGCAUGCCACCCUGGCCGACUUGGUGGAAUAUCACAGGAUGGAACCCAUCACGUCCCUCGGGUAUGAGUACCUUCUGUACCCCUGUGGUCAGCGGGUCCAGCCUCACGACUACCUGGAGCUCUUCGAGUGACAGCCCGCAUUGCGUCAUCCCGCCGCUUCCAGCUGGGCUUUCCUCCGGACAAACACUGCUGAAAUGGACAUUCGUGUGUGAGGCCAAAAAUCACCCUGCAGCAGAGCCAAUACUGAUCAACUGAAAGUAUCCUUGGGAUCCUAUGGGAAUGUCUCUUCUGCACAAAUACUGGAGUUUAAAAUAAGAGGAAAUUACCACUGCAUUGUAUGCACUCCAAAAAGUAAAGGGAGAUGAUUCCUAAUUUCAGCAACUACCUAAAAUGAAGGAUACAACCUUAAUAAUGUAUGUAAGAUAAAAUGAACAAAGAAGAAAUUGAAACCUUUUAGGAAUGAAGUUGUACUUCAGAAACCAGCAGGUUUAUAAUUCAUGGGAAUUAUUUCAUGACCUCUGCACUCCCUCUUUGCAUCAUCUCAAAAGUCUCAGGGUUCUGUAUAUAUAAAGUUUCAUGCUGGCUUUGCAAAGCUGGAAAAAAGCUUUUACUGAUGGCUGAGAUGACCCUCCAAACACACUUCACUUAUUGUGCAUGUUGGUGCCAGGAUGUUAAGUAAGAGACAUAGAUAGAAAAACAAAGUUGGGAGUGUAAAUUGAAUGAGUUUUAAAAUGUAAGAUGAGAGGCUUAACGUGUACAAAAAUACUAUGGACUGCAAGAGAAUGAGAAAGCAUCGAUGAGCUUGUUUCCUCCUUCUGGAAAAGCAGGACCCCGCUGGCCCUGUCUACUUUGGCUCUACUCAAGGGCCCACCAAGGAAGGAGCACAGGCUCACGUGAGGUGUUACUUAUUAGAGGUGACAGACACGAACAGAACAGUGAGCUGUGUGGAUACUACUUCUUGUAGUAUUGUGGGUUGAGUUGUGUCCCCAAAAACAAUAUGUUGAAGUCCUAACCCCCGUACCUGUGGAUGUGACCUUAUAUGGAAAUAGAGUCUUUGCAGAUGUGAUCAAGUUAAGAUGAGGUCAUACUGGAGUGGAGUGGGCCCCAUAAUCUGAGACUGGCGUCCUUAUGAGGACAGAGGAGUUUGGAAACAGAGACUCAUGUGCAGAGGGAAGAUGACAUGGGAUGGCAGAGCAGAGAUUGGCGAGAUGCAAGCCAGGGACUACCCGAGGAUCGCUGGCAGCCUGAGAAACCAGGAGAGUAGAAUGGAACAGAUUCUCCCCACAGCGUAGAAGGGGAUGCGGCCCCGCUGGCACCGUGUUGUCAGACUCCUAGCUUCCAGAACUAUGAGAAAAUAAAUUUAUGUUGUCUUAAGCCACUGAGUUUAUGGUAAUUUGUUAUAGCAGCUCUAGGAAACUAAUACAGAAGUUUGUGUAAUUACAGCACCUGUUAUGCAUUAUAUACUGUUUGUUGAUAUACAUUCCGCCCUCCUCAUAAUGAAAAAAAAUCAGAGAUGAGAAUAA